UUGUAAAAGUGGUGAAAUCUCAACCUCUAUGUACAAACAAGUUGGCAUGUCUCACCUCUCACUUUAGCCUACAUCUUCUCUUCUAAGCUAUUAAUCCUAGUCUUUUUCCAUUUUCCCCCAUAUCUACUCCUCCAUUAUUGUCUCUCAAGCUACUUUGCUUUCACUUUGUUUUAAUCUUAAUAAUGAUCUAAAACACCAUUCCCCACUUUCCAAUCUUAUAUAAGUUUCCUUCAUCUUACCAACCCCACUUUGUCAUCAACCCCUUUUGGAUUUCCAUGGCUUUACUCUAUUCUUUAUGUUGUGUCUCAUUUUCGGCACUGGUGAUAGUCGCAUUGUACGUCUCGCCGGUGGUUUCGACGUCAAGGCGAGUGUUAGGAGAUUACGGUAAACUCGAAAACGGGUUCAGGGUCACGCUCAAGCAUGUUGAUUCAAGCAAGAAUUUAACCAAAUGGGAGCGGAUCCAACGUGGGAUAAAGCGUGGGAAUCACAGGCUGCAGAGGUUGAACGCCAUGGUUUUAGCAGCCAGCGGUGAUUCGGCUGAGGUUCAAGCGCCUAUCGUUGCUGGGAACGGCGAGUUUCUAAUGGACUUAUCGAUCGGGACUCCACCGAAUAGUUACUCUGCGAUCUUGGACACCGGGAGUGAUUUAAUAUGGACUCAAUGCAAGCCUUGUACCCAAUGUUUCGAUCAAUCUACCCCGAUUUUCGACCCGCAAAAAUCUUCGACGUUCACCAAGUUGUCAUGCUCGAGCGACCUAUGUGAAGCACUUCCGCAAUCAACAUGCAGCGAUGGAUCAUGUGAGUAUCUCUACACAUACGGCGAUUACUCCUCGACGCAAGGGGUCAUGGCAACCGAAAUAUUCAAAUUUGACAGUGUUUCGGUUCCGAAUAUUGGAUUCGGGUGCGGAGAAGACAAUGAGGGGGACGGAUUUUCUCAAGGCGCAGGCCUCGUAGGGCUGGGGCGUGGACCCUUAUCAUUAGUUUCACAACUAAAAGAACCCAAGUUUUCAUAUUGCUUAACCGCCAUGGAUGAGACCCAGAAAAGCCUACUUUUGAUGGGGUCAAUAGCAAGUGCAAAUGAAUCAUUAGGUGAAAUGAGGACCACUCCAUUGAUACGUAACCCAUCCCAACCAUCUUUUUACUAUCUUUCACUCCAAGGAAUCACUGUGGGAAGCACUCGCUUGCCUAUCAAGGAAUCAACUUUUGCACUAGAAGACAAUGGCAGCGGCGGUGUAAUCAUCGACUCCGGCACCACUAUCACGUAUCUCGAACAAGCUGCUUUCAGCGUGCUGAAAAAGGCAUUCAUCUUGGAAAUGAAGCUUCCCGUCGACACUUUGAGUUCAACGGGGCUUGACCUUUGCUUCACCUUGCCAUCAGGUUCAACCCAAGUUGAAGUACCUAAACUUGUAUUCCAUUUCGACGGAGCGGAUUUGGAUUUACCGGCAGAGAAUUAUAUGAUCGCGGACUCGAGCUCGGGGGUAAUUUGUUUGGCGAUGGGAGGCUCGAGUGGGAUGUCAAUCUUUGGCAACGUUCAACAGCAGAAUAUGUUGGUUGUUCACGAUCUGGAGAAGGAAACUGUGUCCUUCAUUCAAACACAAUGCCAAAAUAUAUGAACUUAUUCAUGGCAUUAAUUUUCGUUUGUGUUAAAUUGUAACUUUUGUUUUUCUUAUAAUUUGUUACAAUUUCAUCUAUACAGAUGUAGAUUAAUGUUAAAAAUAAAUUCAAUGGUUCUUGUUUGAA